AUGACUGGCAGAGCAAGCGAACAUGGUGCAGAGGGAUUGCAACACAUUAUUAAUCUGCACAAACAAAAUGAUACUGAGAAACUACAUAGUCACACUGGAUUUACUUGUUAUAAUCAUUUCUACACUGAUGGCGUCAGUCUCUUGAUCCUAAACAAAGUAUUCUAUUCUAGACCACCCAGUAUCAGGAUUGAACUUAACCAGUUUAUGAAUCUUUGGUAUAGUCCAAAAGCAGAAGAGGCUGCUGAGACAAAGUACUGUUUUGCUUCUUGCCGGCUGACCUGUAGAACACAGUUCUCACAAAACUCACGAUUAGGCUCGCGCGAAGUUCUCAGAAUCCAGAAUUUAUAUUCGGAAGAUAUAUUGGCCAGAGAUAUGAAGAAAAAUAACAAUAACCAGUUAUAA